AUGGCAGCAGCAGCACUCCUUGUCCUCGCCGUCGCUGCCGCCGGCGCUGGUACAGACGAGCGCGACAACUUGGCCCAAGAGGCACUGGUGAUGCAGGGCAUACGGCAGGCGCUGGCCGGCGCCGGCUCGCUGCCUGCCGCCUUGGAGGGCUGGUCGGCGCCCUCUGACGCCCUCCACCAGUGCUCCUGGAGCUAUAUCACCUGCGACGAGGGCCAGCGCAUCGUCAAAGUGAUGCUGCUGAGCGGUUUCCCCGCGCGGGCGGCCAGCCGGGACAUGGUGGCCGUGGCCUCCGCGCUGCACGGCCUGGCCCGCCUGCGCCAGCUGGCAGACCUGGGGCUGGGCCGCAUCUUCGGGGCGCCGCUGCCGAGCAGCCUGCUGCAGGCCUGGGUGCAGCCGGGCGCCUUCCCGCGGCUGCUGAGGCUGCGCCUGGACUGCGCGUGGGAGGGCCCGCUGCCCGACAUCCGCCCCGGCGCCCUGCCGCAGCUGCAAGCCCUGUCCCUCGGCCUGGACGAGCUGCACGCCAGCCUGCCGCCCAGCUGGGGCGCCGACCCGGCCACGCUGCCCUCGCUGCAGCAGCUGGCCAUCCAGGUGCAGGUGGGGGGGCCGCUGCCGCGGCAGUGGGCCUCUGGCUUCCGCUCCCUGCGGCGGCUGUCCAUCCGGGACACCUCGGGAUUCGUGGAGGGCUCCUCGCCACCUGCAGCCGGCUCCUCGGCAGCAGCAGCGGGGCCGCCGCCGCCGCCGCCCCCCCCACCCGUGCUCAAGCACCCGCUGCCGCCGGAGUGGGCCCGCAGCUUCCCGCGGCUGGCCAGGCUGGCCAUCGCCGACCUGCCAAUGGCUGGGUCCCUGCCAGAGGCCUGGGCUGCCGGAGGCUUCCCCGCGCUGUCCACGCUGUCGCUGGCCAACCUGAGCCUCACCGGCACCCUGCCGCCAUACCUCUUCCUGAGCCACCCGGAGCUGAAAGUGCUGCGGCUGCAAGACAACCAGCUGGCCGGGACGCUGCCAGCCGACUGGGCAGCAUCCGAGGUGCAGGAGCUGAUAGCAAGAGGCAACCGCCUGGCGGGCCCUGCCUUCCCGCCCGACUGGCUGCUCCCGGGGUCGCUGCUGGGGCUGCGUGUGCUGCUGCUGGGCGGCAACCCGGGGCUGACUGGCACGCUGCCUGCCAGCCUGGACUGGCCCAUACUCACCGACCUGGGGCUGAAUGGGACGGCUGUGACUGGUGCCGUCCCAGACAGCUGGUGCCAGGCACCGUUUGCUGCAACGCUGACGCACCUCAGCGGCAUUGGCACAGCGGCGGACGCUUCGCUGCCGCCCUGCGUGGCACAUGACAUGCCCAGGCUCGACUUGGAGCCUCGACUUGGCGCCUCGGCAGGCAACCUGACCCGCACCCCACACUCACACAGCCGCAGCGCAGCAGCCUUGAGCCUGGCGGCGCUGCUGCCUCUCGCAGCGGCGGCGGCGGCUGGCGCGGCAGUCAGGGUGCUGUGGCGGCGCAGGCGGCGGCGCCUGCGCUCCCAGCGGGCCAACGACGGCGAGGCGCUGCUGCAGAUGGGCAGUGCGGAGCUGGGCCUGCAGGCAGAUGCGUGGCCAGGCGCAGGCCCGGCACUCAGCACCGGGCGAGGCAGCAGCGGUGACAGCAGCGGGAGGAGCAGCAGCGGCAUGCCGCCGGACUGUGGCCGGCGCUGGGGCCUGGAGACCGCCUCCCUGCAACUGCAGCUGGGGGCGCUGGAGGCACGUGGUGCUUUUGUGGCGGAUGCUGAUGGGCAGCUGGUGGAGCUUGGGGAGGGUGGCCAUGCCGUGGUGUACCUGGCGCGGCUGCAGGGGGUGGAGGUGGCGGUCAAGGUGACGGAGCUGCUGUCUGGCGUGGAAUCACAGAGCAUUUGGCGGGAGACGGCCCUGCUGCGGCGCUGCAUACACGAGCGCAUCGUGCCGCUGUACGGCGUGGCCCUCAAGGGCUGCCUGCUGAUGCUGGCCAUGCGGCUGAUGGAGGGUGGCAGCCUGCGAGCCGCCCUGCAGGAUGAGGGCCGGCGGGAGCGCUUGCACUGGGCACAGGGCGGGUGCCAGGUGGCUGCUGACGUGGCGCAGGCGCUGGACCACCUGCACCGCCAGCUGGGCAUCAUGCACGGCGACCUCAGCAGCGGCAACGUGCUGCUGGAUGGCGGCCUGCGGGGCCACCUGGGAGACCUGGGGCUCGCCUUCUCGGUGGCCAGCGCCGCGCCUGGGGGCGGCGCCCGCGGCUUCUGCCUCACCCACGCAGCCCCAGAGCAGGUGCUGGGAGAGCGGUGCACCUCUGCUGCCGACAUGUAUAGCUAUGGAGUGCUGCUGGUUGAGCUGACCACGCGGCAGGCGGUGCACCGGCGUGGCACCUGGCACCUGCCGCACGCGCCCGAAGAGUGCCCGCAGGGCGUGCUGGCGCUGAUAGAGGCCUGCCUGUCACACGCCCCGCGGGCCCGCCCCACUGCGGCAGAGGCGCUGCAGCGGCUGCGGCAAUUGGAAUGGGGAGGGGCAUGCUGA